AUUACAGCAGCAGCAGCACCACCAUCACGUCGGAAGACACGGGAUGAAUCUAAGGAAGGGGAAAACCAACAAUACCAAGCAGGUGCGCUGUGGAGGAUAUUGGAAAAAGAAAUCAAGUUUUUUAGUGACGCUGUACCCAGCCGCUUGAAUCAGUAAUUAAACCUCUGCUGUUGUGGCCUCUCGCUUUUUUGCGCUUUUUUCCCCAAUCCAUUCUCCCCCCUACACUGCUGGCACAAAGACGCUUAUUCUAAGGAGCUGCACCUGGGAUUACAGUCACUCCGCAAGAGUGAACAGAUCAGUUUCAUCUAAAACGAUGGAAUGAGAAGCAGUGGCAGUAGGUAAUAGGAGCAGGAUUAAAUCACUUUCUUCUUUUUGUGCCCCUGUAAAUUCCCCUCUGAUACCCCCAUCCGUCACCCAGCGAAGACAUACCGUCAUUGUCUCGAAACGACUUCGAUUCACUGUUAUUUUUAAACGUUGUUUUUGCCGGAAUAAUGCACAAGAAACUCUAUUAUGUCUAUAGAUUUUUAUUCACUUUUGAUUCAUUGCGCAUUCCCAGUUUUUUCCUCUGAAUGAGCUGCCGGUUUCUCUUGUUCAGGAUGCGACUGCGCAACCUUCGGCAAGUACCAGCAAUUAGGCUGUGUGUUUGUGCACGAGUUUCCUAAAAGCUUACAAGAAACAGUUCCCCAUUUAUUUUUUAUUGGACGUCGCCAUUGUUUGUAAAAAGGAAAAACAAAGCAACUGUGGCGUACUGGACUCAGAGGGGUCAAACGGUGCGCCCUUGGCAUCACACCAACCCCCUCCUUGUGUCUGAACCAGGGUCCGUCACAGAAAAUAAAUCAAGCACAAUAUGGUGGAGCCCGUUGGAUUCAUAGAGGCUUGGAAGGCACAAUUCCCUGAUUCGGAGCCUCCCAAGAUGGAGCUGCGGUCCAUUGGAGGUAUUGAGCAGGAGCUGGAGAAGUGCAAAGCGUCCAUCAGACGCCUGGAACAGGAGGUGAACAAGGAGCGCUUCCGCAUGAUCUACCUGCAAACCCUCCUGGCAAAAGAGAGGAAGAGCUAUGACAAACAGCGGUGGGGUUUCAGGAAGACACCAUUGAAUGAGGGGGUAGACCCUGCAGCCACCCAGGGUGCAGAGUCACCAUCUCAGCAGCCCCACAUGCAGGAGACUGGUGGAGUUGGAGGUGCUGGAGGAUAUGCUGUGGUGGAUAGGAGUCGUUUUCAGCCACUUGGGGAUGGUACUGGCAGGUCCAAACCUAGGCCCCCACCAGCCAGGAAGUCAGCUUCCCAUGGAGACGGCUUGGAGUCAGCGUUUGACUCACCCCAACAAGCAGAGUCUACAUCCUGUGACAACCUCGAUGGCCUCUCGCCAUCUAAGCAGAGGGGUGGCAUCACCCUGUCCCCCCGCAGGCCCACACUUCCACCCCCAGACAAGGAUCUGCCUUCUGACCCCAAAGAUAAGCUCGGGAUGGGACUUGGUGUAGCAGCUCUCAGGUCCAACUUUGAGAGGAUCAAACGGGCCAACUCUCACUCUGCUGGAGAUGUAGGUAAGGGUCAGGAAAAGCAGCUACCACCACCACCACCACCAUUCUACACUAACAUGGAAUUCCAUCAUGAGAGGGGUUUGGUCAGGGUCAACGAUCGGGAUGUGUCGGAUAAAAUCAGCUCCCUGGGUACUCAGGCCAUGCAGAUGGAGCGAAAGAGGUCUCUUCAUUCCCUCCCAGGCAAUCUGGCAACAGUGGCAGGUGAACUUCGUGCCAGGCCGGUGUAUAGAGGACGGUCUACUGAGAGCACCUGUGGCUAUGACGCAGAAUAUGAAGACGGGGAACCCAACCAGCGACAUUCAGGGAGGGCCAAUGGGGGUAAACCUCCACCUCCUCCUUGGCAACCAUCUGAGUUCCAAGCCUACUCCAGCGUCUAUGUUGGUGGAGUAAUGAUGGGUGAAGGUGGCAGUGGAGAUGGACGUGGAGGUGGCAGUGGAAUCGCAAUGAGAGACCACAGUGGAGGUGAUGAUCACCUCCUGACCUGGCCACGCCGCUCCUACUCCCCAGGUAGCUUUGAGGAUGCUGGAGGGGGUGGUGGCUACACACCAGACUGUAGCUCCAACGAGAACCUGACAUCCAGUGAGGAGGACUUCUCCUCUGGCCAGUCCAGUCACGUCUCUCCGAGUCCCACCACAGCCUUCCGUCGUCCCUUCAGAGAGAAGAGCAGGUCACCUUCCCAAAACUCCCAGAACUCCCAACACUCCUAUGACAGCAGCAGCCCUCCUACGCCGCAGUCUCAGAAGCGUCACCACAGGCAGCAGGGAGGCCAUGUGGUCAUGUCUGAGGCCACUAUUGUGAGUGUUCGCAAGACAGGUCAAAUCUGGCCUCCUCCUGUUCACCAUGACCUCCUGCCCCAUGGUAGAACAUCCCAUGACAACAGUUUUCACGGAGACCACUUAGAUGGCCAUUUCACUGGAACCCCUCCAACGUACGGUUACGAUGCAGACCGAGCAGAGGAGCAGCGGCGGCACCAUGACAUCCUGCCGUACAUUGACGACUCGCCAUCGUCCUCGCCGCACCUCAGUUCCAAGAGCCGUAGCAGCCGGGACACACUCUCCUCAGGAUCAUUGGAGUCCUCCAAGUCGAUGGAGUGUGACCUUGAAAAGGGUUUGGAGAUGAGAAAGUGGGUCCUGUCUGGGAUCUUGGCCACAGAAGAAGCAUACCUCAGCCACCUAGAGGCUCUUUUACUGCCAAUGAAACCACUGAAGGCAGCUGCUACAACAUCCCAGCCUGUUCUCACAGUGGCCCAGAUUGAAACCAUCUUCUUCAAAGUGCCUGAGCUGUACGAAAUCCACAAGGAGUUUUACGAUGGACUUUUGCCCCGUGUCCAGCAGUGGAGCCACCACCAGAGGGUCGGAGACCUCUUCCAGAAACUGGCCAGCCAGCUUGGAGUAUAUCGGGCAUUCCUGGACAACUAUGAGCUUGCUGUGGAGACAGCGGAGAAGUGCUGUCAAGCCAACUCGCAGUUUGCUGAAAUCUCUGAGAACCUGAAGGUGAGGAGCCCUAAAGACUGUAAGGAUACAGCCAAGAACUCCUUGGAGGCUUUACUGUAUAAGCCUGUGGACCGGGUGACGCGCAGCACUUUGGUGUUACAUGACUUGCUCAAGCACACACCCACCAGCCACCCGGACCACCCGCUCCUGCAGGACGCCCUGCGGAUCUCCCAGAACUUUCUGUCCAGCAUCAACGAGGAGACGACAUCAAGGCGCCAGUCUCUAGCUGGGAAGAAGGGAGAGAACCGCCAGCUGCUGAAGGACAGUUUCAUGGUGGAGCUGGUGGAGGGAACCAGGAAGCUGCGGCACGUCUUCCUCUUUACUGACCUGCUGCUCUGCGCCAAGCUGAAGAAACAGAUUGGAGGUAAAAAUCAACAGUACGACUGCAAGUGGUACAUCCCCCUGACUGAGCUGACCUUCCAAGGCCCCGAAGACACAGAGCCCCUCACCAUUCCCCAAGUCCCGGACGAAGAGCUGGACGCCGUUAAGGUCAAGAUCUCACACCUUCGCAGUGAGAUUCAGAGGGAAAAGAGAGCCAACAAGGGUUCAAAAGUAAUCGACCGACUCCGGAAGAAACUGUCGGAGCAGGAGUCUUUGCUGCUACUAACGUCUCCCAGCAUGCCGCUCAGAUUGUUCAACAAGAACGGAAAGAGUUACAGCUUCCUUAUUUCUUCUGACUACGAGCGUUCAGAGUGGAGAGAGAUAAUCAGGGAACAGCAGCAGAAAUGUGUUAAAACGCCCUCACUGACGUCCAUGGAGCUCCAAAUGUUGACCAGUUCCUGUCUCAAACUCCAAACUGUCCACAACAUUCCACUUAGUCUGAAUAAAGAAGAGGAUGAAUCCUCUGGUCUCUACGGGUUUCUGAAUGUAAUCGUCCACUCUGCCUCUGGCCUCAAACAGAGUUUAAAUCUCUACUGCACAUUGGAGGUGGACUCGUUUGGCUUCUUUUUAAAUAAAGCAAAGACGAGAGUCUACCGAUACACCACUGAACCCAAGUGGAACGAGGAGUUUGAGAUCGAGCUGGAGGGCUCUCAGACCCUGAGGUUGCUCUGCUAUGAGAAGAGCUACAACAGGACCAAGCUGAACAAAGAAGACGGAGACAGCACAGACCGCAUCAUUGGGAAAGGACAGAUCCUGCUUGAUGCUCAGACUCUUCAAGGCAAAGACUGGCAAAGAACAGUUAUUCCUAUGAAUGGGGUUGAAGUGAAACUGUCUAUGAAGUUCACCAGCAGAGAGUUCAGCCUGAAGAGGAUGCCCUCGGAGAAACCCAUGGGCGUGUUUGGAGUUAAAAUCUCCACAGUGACCAAACGGGAACGCUCCAAGGUGCCCUACAUUGUCCGUCAGUGCCUAGAAGAGAUAGAGAGGAGAGGCAUGGAGGAGGUGGGAAUAUACAGAGUAUCAGGGGUGGCCACUGAUAUUCAGGCUCUGAAGACCGCCUUUGACACCAAUAACAAAGAUGUGUCUGUGAUGAUGAGCGAGAUGGAUGUUAAUGCCAUCGCUGGAACCCUGAAGCUGUACUUCAGAGAGCUGCCUGAGCCCCUCUUCACAGAUGAGCUCUAUCCCAAUUUUGCAGGUGGCAUCACCCUCACUGAUAGUGUUGCCAAAGAGAGCUGUAUGCUGAACUUGCUGCUGUCACUGCCAGAACCCAACCUAGUCACCUUCCUUUUCCUUUUGGAUCACCUCAAGAGGGUGGCAGAGAAGGAAAGCGUCAACAAGAUGUCUCUGCACAAUCUGGCAACCGUGUUUGGGCCCACUCUGCUAAGGCCGGCAGAGAAGGACAGCAAGAUUCCUUCUAACCCAACUCAACCCAUCAGCAUGGGGGACAGCUGGUCCUUGGAAGUUAUGGCACAAGUCCAGGUUUUGCUGUAUUUCCUGCAGCUGGAAACCAUCCCCACCCCGGACAGUAAACGACAGAGUAUCCUCUUCUCCACUGAGGUGUAGCGCUUACACAGACUGUCUGCUCUGAACUCAUUCUAGCAGAGGUGUAAAAAAGGGGAUGGACACUGGCUCAAAGUGAGCCCACUGUAGUGUGUUUUUAAAUUGACUUGGAAGGAUUGUCUCUACAGAACAGAAGAUGGCACCACUCAUCUCUGAAGCUCAGAGGAUUUGAGGUCAUAAUUAUACACAUCAUUAUCCAAUAGUUAGUAUGAUUCCUGGUACCUGUAGUUAUUCACCAGGUGAUCUGCCUUUGUCACAGUUUACUUUUUUCUUGUCUCAUAAAUGAAGACGUGUUAAAAUUCAGAACGUCUUUCUUGACUUUCAUAUUCUUUUACACUGCGGCAUUGUACUCAAGUUUGCAUUUAUUUUUGGACAAUCAUUAAGUCUUGCAAAACACAUUAUUCCAUCUCAAAUGUUUUUACACAUCCAAUCUCUUACAUCAUUCUCGGUGCAUUAUUUCAAGAUAGACGGGACUUUUUUUUCUUUUUUUUUUAGCCUUUUAGUCACCAUUUUUUUAAAAGGCAAUGAAAGCCAACACCUGAUCGUGCUUACAACAUAAACAACAUAAAUUCAAGUUGAGAACUAUGACUUGAAAUGUGUUGGGGAAAAAAGAAAGAAAGAAUUUAGUUACCCAAUCUUUUUUCUUUCCAAACCUGAAAAAGCAGAUUUAUUUGGUCAUAUUUUUAUUUGAUCUCAUUUGUUUCUUAAGGUAGACUCCAGCCUCAAUGCACAGGAAGCAAUAUAUUUUCUAAUGUAGGAAUUGUCGAAAUGUUCGUCUUGUUGUGACAUAGGACAUCUUGCCAAACUGUUUUUGUUGUUUUUAGGGGAUAAAAUGAGGCAUGUACAUGUUUGUAAUCUUAAAGUUGUAUUUUGUUUGAAAGUUGUUACUAUUAUUUAUUUUGGGGGGUCCUGUUGAGGAAAACAGUAUUUUUUUUUUCUUUAUGAAAGUGGUAGGUUUUAGCCUCGACCUUGCUGUAAAAGAGCAAGACUUCAGCCUUAUUUUUAACAAUAGUCCCCCGUGAGCUCUCCAUUUAAAUACCAUUAUUAUUAUUAUGAAGGUAACGCAAGCAUUGUAGUCAAAUUCUGUAUGCUGCUGUUUAAAAGGCACAAGCGUCUUUAACUGCUGGUGUCUCUUGGCGGAUUCGUCUCGCCUCCAGAGACGUCUGUCGCCCAUCUAGUGUAGACUUUAUGCAACAGUCAUAAUACAGAAAAUUCAUACAAAUCAUGUAGGAGAUUAUGUUUUUUUGUACCAUUUAAUCUGUGGCAACAGAAGUGCACUCAUACAAUAUUAAAACUACUGUAUAAGAAUUUAAGUGGCCUGACAAUUCUGUGUUUAUGUCCAGUGAGAAAUACCUUUGUUUUUUUUAUACCACUCGUUACCCUUUUUGCUAUUGUAAAGAUUUCCCGGUGGCAACGGCCAUGGCAAAGCUCAUAACGUUCUUUGUUACUGAUUUAACAUGCAGGCAUGUUUUAUUAUUUUAUUGAAUUUGUUAUGGAUGACUUUGUAUUCAGACGUGAUCUGGGAUAUCGUCAGUUGUUUUUAAUUCUAUUUUCUUGCACUCCUAAAACAUAUCUUUUUAGCCAGAGGGUUAGAGUUAGAUGAUGAGGGUUAGGAUUAGAUUUCUGUAUACACCAAUCAGCCACAACAUAUAAACCACAAACUCAUUAUUGCCAUAUUUCAGGCUAAUAUUGGGCAUUAAAUACAUGUUUGCUUUUAAUGCCUUAAUCUUGAGGAUUUAAUAGACCUUUUCUGAGCCAUGAUAGUUUGUGUCGUAAGUGACAUGAUCCUUGUAGUUUGGAUGUUUUCAGGUGUAGAAAACCAUCUGAUUUUACAGACUCUGUGUUAAUCUUCUGAAAAGAAAACUGGGGUUUUAAGUAACAAAGCUAAAAGAACUAGUUCUCAUCUUGAUGGAACAUUUUGAAGUCAUGCAAAAUAACAUUUUAUUCAUCAAUAUUCAGUUUUCUAAAAUGCGGAGAACCAUGCAUGAGCCGGUUACUGGUAUCAAAGUUUAAAGUUAAAAUUAUAACUUUAAAAAUGCAUCAAAUGCAGGUUUGAUGCAUAUCUUGGCAUCAACCCUGCUAAAAAAUUACACAUCAAUGCUGGAGAGUCAUGGGUUUUAUUUGACUUUAGAGAGUCUUUAGUGUUGCUGGUAAGCUUGCUGAGUCAGGCUGAAUCAGGCUUAGAAGAAAAGGAUAUUAGGUUGUCUGGAAAUAUUUUCAGUUCUGAGCAACUCUGACAAUCACUGCACAGAAACUAACAAAGUGUCGCCCAUUACCCUUUUAAAAGUAGAAGUUUUAAAAGAUCAGUUGGCAAGCUAUGAAAAGUUUGUCUGCUAAACAGCUAACUGUGCAGCUGUGUAGCAGAGAGCCUGACUAAUUUACCAGCCUAUAUCCACUCAUUCUACUUGUUUUACUUUAUGUAAAAAGUAGAAUGCCUGAAAUGCCCAACAGUCUGCUCAAUAAGCACUUGAAUACCACUGCUUGCUCUUUUUUUACAGCAUUUUAGAAGGUGAUUAUUUACAUAAAAUGAUUCAAAAUGACUAAUAUGUUGUAGAUAACACAUAAAUGUAAUAAUUAAUAUGUUCCAUUAUUUUAGCAGUUGGUUGCCUUUCUGCUUUAAUUAAAAGUAAUAAGAUCAGGGUACAAAUUUUGGUUUUAAUUUUUUGUAUAAACACCACACUGCUGUAAAAUUUUAGUUUUUUUACUUAAGGUUUUCAUACUGUGAGAAUCUCAUAGGUCCUCCUACCUGCUGCGAUCCCACAAAAACUUGCAUGGUCACCAUUUUACAAAUGGCUUGCACAGACAUGCCUCGGGUGAUUCAUUGGGUUUUUGACCUUUCAGAUUUUUAUCUUUUUAUUUUAACUUUUAUAAAUGAAGCAUAAAUAAAUCAAACAAAUUCUGUGAUAACAUGUUAUUUGACAAUGGCAAAACUUUAUGAGUCUUGCAGUUAAUUAAUUUUGAUAAAUAUCAAAAUUGCACCCAAAUUUGUUAGAGCUCGGAAAUCUCCCAGCAGAAUCUUUUCCUGGAAAAAAAAAAAAAAAAAAAAAAAUUGGUGCUAAUGCAUCUGAGCCGAUGUGGUUCUUUUGUUGUGGUUGACUGGUAUCUAUAGGGGACUCUGCUAAAAGGGCCUAAUUAAAGGGUUUACUGUUUUUUUUUUUUAUCUAUGAUUAUCAACAGAAACAUAUACGAGCAACUAUGUAAGAACAAAAGCAAGCAAUCAGCUUCUUGGGAUAUUUGAAAUCACUGUUUUGAUCUUAUUUUAUUUUGUGGUUUUUUUUCCUGCUGGCUUGCUAUUUUGCUUCCACAAUAUAAUUUGAUUACGUGUCACUCACUGUAGCAUGCUUUUAGCCUCAUUUAGAAUGUGAACAUUCAGUCACGUUUCUCCUUCAUACAAAGUCCCAGCUGCCUGUACUUCUCCAACCCUUUUGUGCCUCAACACUUGCUUUUGUUUACCACCAAAAUUUACUUUGUCUUCAUGUCAGCCGAGGAGCUGGUGGUUAAGAAAGACAUUCAUCCUUUUGUUGCCUUUGCUGAGGACAGCCACACAUCUUUCAUCUUCUACUUAUAGGCUAAGACAGGACCUUAAAAUACAAGCAUGGUCUUAGCUCAUUCUGUACAUGAGCAUUCUUUCAUCUGACCUCUAAUGCUGUAAGUGAAUGAAACCCUGUGCUACAGUUAAUCCUCUAAGUGCAACACAUAGUUUUUUUCUCUUAUAAUGCCUUUUAUGCUGAUUUAUUUAUGAUUCCUUCUAGUUUGGUAUAAGAUGGUCUGCUUGAUCUGUUUAUUUAUGGUAAAAUGUCAAAUUAAUGUUAGAAAAAUGUCUUAAUAUAAUGUGGUUUCUCUAGUAAAUUAAUCUGCUUCUUCUGUUGUAUUUAAAACAUUUUGUUCUAAUUUUGUCUCAGUACAAGAACCACCAAGUAGCUCUGUAGACACGAUGUCAUUGCAAAAAUAUUCACACUGCUGAAACAUUUUCACAUUUGUUAUUUUUAACCUCAAAUUAAAUGUAUUUUAUUAGGAUUAUGUGCUUCACCAACACAAAAUAGUGUAUACUUAUGUAGUGUAAAGGAUGAGAACACCUGCUUUAAAAAAAUACAAAUAAAAUUGUGAAAAAUGUGAUGCACAUUUGUAUCUAUAGUCUGUAAAGAACAUUUCAGUGCAAAAGUCCCUGAAGUUAUUGCCCAUUCUUCUUUGAUCGAGAGCAUCUGUGAACAGAAAUUUUCAGCUCUUGUCACAAAUUUACAAUUGGAUUUAGGUCUGGACUUUGACUGGGUCACUGCAACCCAAAACUUUGCUUUGAUAGAAACUGCUCCAUUGUAGCCUUGGCUGGAAUUAGGGUUGCUUUUUUCCUGUUUGAAGGUGUAUGCAGGUAAAACUGUUAAUUUUUGGUCUCAUCUGAGCACAUCACCUUCUUCCAUGUGUUUGCAGUGGCUUGGUAGAUUUGAAGCACAGACAUACUUUUCUCAAUUUUGGAUGACACAUUUAGAACCAAUGGAUUAAAGGAGUCGUAUUAUUGUAUGAAAUAAUUGAAAACAAUGUAUCAGUUUCCUUUCUGUUUCACAACUAGGCACUUCUUUGUGUUGGUUUAUCACAUAUAAUCACAAUAACAUUGACAUUUGUGGUUGUAAUGUGACAAAAUGUAAAAAAGGUGCAAAUAUUUUUUGCGAACAGAAAAAUAGCAUAUGUGUCCUGACAUGCAGGAACACUCAGUUCCUGCACAUCAGCUCAGCGUAUUUAUUUGUUUCAAACAGCAGACUGCCCACUGUGUUUAGCUAUAUGAUGUGGACAACCGAAUAGAAAGUGCAGAUUCAAGUAACUCAGACUCCUUUUUUUCCCAUGGAGUGUAUAAUAUGUAUGUUACUAGAGAAUACAUAAUUUGGUUUCCCUGUUAUUCAUUGCGCAGCUCUCUGGAUCAAGCUGGUUCACCUUUAACCUCUUUGCAAAUCCGACCUGUCAGUUCGUGGUCUUAUACUGCUCUAAAUGUAUUGUUUUGCUCCGUCUGUCACUGUAUCUGCAUGUUCUCACCACAGUCUGUCACAGCCAAAAAUCUCAAGUUUUUCUGUGGGCUUGCCUGAAGAUAUGGUGCAUAUUGCUUUAAAUGUGCAUUUAUUACAUCGGACCCUGGUAUUUAUUGCCAUAUUACAGGUGAUGUUACACAACCUUCUGCUGCCACUUUUCAGAAAUCAUGCCAUCAAUAAAUUUGCCUACUAAGCAAUGUUCUAGUUAUUUUUUAAAAAUUGAGGACAUAAUGUUAAACUCCAGGAUGAGACAUGUUGACCAACUAUGUCACUUUCUAUUUUUGAGUCUUUUUGUCUUUGUUUAACUAUUCAAUGUUCUGCUUGUAGAACUGUAAAAAAAGGAUUACUGUAUUCUGAGGGUAAAACAUGUUUGAGAGGCAUUUGCAGCCUAUGUUUGUACACAAAAAUAGUAAAUAAAAUCUCCUGUAUCUACA